AUGGUUCUAUUUGGCGCUACUCGAGCAGUUUUGAGCACGUUCAAUGAAACAGAUAGCGAAGGCAAGAAGUACGAUGUGGUAACUCUCCUAACCAAGAGCUUCAACAACCCACUCACGGUCGACAGUACUAAAGGCAACCUCAUCCGUUUGAACGUUGAUUAUCUCCAAUGCUACAGAGGAGAUAUACAGGAAGAGUUCGUCGGAGUGGUGUACCACGAAAUGACACACGUCUGGCAAUGGACCGGCAAUGGUAUGGCCUCUAGAGGGCUUAUCAAUGGCAUUGCCGAUUAUGUGAGAUUGAAAAGCGGGCAUGCAUUUAAAGGCUGGCCGAGGAAGGGCUCAGGAUCAAGAUGGGACGACGAUUCUAGUAAUAAUUCGACCACACUCCACUAUCAUCUGGCCAACCUGACGGACAACUUGCCAGAAUGGUUCCACUCUUCAAGUCCCCGACACACCAACGGGUGGUACGAUUCAAAGAAAAAAGAACAGGUCAUGGGAUUUGGCUGGUACCGUUAUUGGCCAAGGAGAAACAGAAAUGGUCCAAAUGGAGAAGAUGAUUUUCAAUCAAUUGAUGAAGGAUUUGAACAGUCCAGGGGACCCAAGAAAUACUCCUUCGGCAUGUUGACCAUGGCGACAAACAAUUUUGCAGGUGCCCGGUUGCUUGGGGAAGGGGGCUUUGGCAGAGUGUACGAAGGCCAGCUUGCCGAUGUGAAUGCUUCUGUUGCUAUAAAGAGGAUCACUCCAGAGUCCAAACAAGGCCCAAAGGAGUAUGCGACAGAAGUAAGGACCAUUAGACACCUUAAGCACAAAAAUUUAGUGGAACUCAUCGGCUGGUGCCAUGAGAGAAAUGAGUUCCUCCUUGUAUAUGAACUCAUGUCUAAUGGCAGCUUAGAUUCUCAUUUGUUCAAAGAAAAAACGCCAUUGACAUGGGAAAAGAGAUACAGCAUUGCUAAAGGGAUCGCAUUAGGGCUGAAGUACUUGCAUGAGGAUUUGAAACAAUGCGUCGUGCACAGGGAUAUAAAGUCUAGCAAUGUCCUGCUCGAUUCGGAAUUCAAUGCGAAGUUGGGAGACUUUGGCCUGGCUCGGAUAGUUGACCAUGUGAAGGCGCCACAAACGACUCUAUUGGCUGGGACCAUGGGAUAUUUGGCUCCUGAAUGUAUCUACACGGGCAAGGCAAGCAAGGAAUCCGAUGUCUACAGCUUUGGAGUUGUCCUCUUAGAGAUAGCAUGUGGAAGAAAAGUUAUCGAAUCGAGAGCACCAGAAGACCAGGUCCAACUUGUCAGGUGGGUUUGGGAGCUCAAUGGAGUUGGUAAGUUAAAGGAUGCAGUGGAUCCGAAGUUAGGCAAGGAUUUUGAUGUGAGUCAAAUGGAGCGCUUGAUGAUCACAGGCCUCUGCUGCGCUCAUCCAGACCCAAAGGUACGGCCUCCCAUAGGCAGAGUACUAACUUUUCUGAACUUUGACGCUUCGCCUCCUGUUCUCCCAUCGAAAUUGCCAGUCCCAACAUAUCUUGCACCUCCAUCUCUACCAAUCGAGUUGCUGAACACUAUGUCCUCCCAGAAAUCUUGCAGUUCGUCUUCUGCCUUUCUUUCGAAUGAGGAAUGA